GAGAGGAGCGCUGUUGGAUCCCAGUGCUAGCUGGCUGGCUAGGGCGUUGCUAGCGGUAGAAAGCGGGUUUUGAUGAGUCUCCGCUUGUUAUCCACUCACUCGAAUCGUGUAAUGCGUCGGAAAAAACGCUAGUUAGUGUUUAUUCUAUGUUUUCCGCACAUUUGUGCUUUGUUUUAGGUUUACGGGGGACUGUUGGUUACUUUUUGUCCCGUUAGCUGGCCACUGCUAGCCCCCUUUCCAUCCACGGGAAUUGUACCGAGAAACGACCAAUUCUGGAUGGAAACAUGGAGUCAAGAAGUGCUGCGCUGUGCUAACUCUCUCCACUGGAUUUGAUUCUUCAAGGAGACUUUCUGAAGAAAACAACCGAGGUUUAUUAUCAUCCAGUUUACAUCGAUGUAGUGUUGGAAAUAUAUUUUUGGUCAUCGGCUGGCUCUUUGUUGUGAAUGCGAGUUUGCUUAGUUUGCACUCGAAACAAGAGCACACGAAGCAAAGUUUUUGCUGAAAGAGCUCAUCUGUUUUGUUAGCUGCUGCUGGCGAGAUUCAACGCCAGCCAGACCGUGGUGACAAAAUACUUGUAAAAAGACAUUGUUUUUCUUUGAUUCUACUGCUUUUCUUAUUAUUAUUUUGACAUCACCCACCGGUACAUUUUGUUGAUGUACUACUAAUUUGAUACACGGCUCAAAUAGGAUUUGGAGCUGUAUUCUAGUGGUCACGGGAGAGUCGUCCUCACGGACGGCCACAGGCAGACAUUUCUGGGAACAGGGAAUACCAAUCCAGACUACAGGAAUUUUCAGCAUCCUGAGACAUCAUUUAGUCUGAGCCGAGAUGUACUAGUGGCCAAGGGGAGGACGCCGCACGGCUAAGCUGUGUUACAUGGGAAUACUGAUUGUUUACACUACAUCGCCGAGGACUGGGACGUGCGUACAGCGGAUUCAUUUAAGGAGUUCAUAGAUGCACCACAACUUGUGUCAGCUGAAGCCGUGUAUUUAUUAUUCUGGCUGUUUUGAUCGAAGCCGGACAAUCGUUAUCUGUGGUGCUUAUACGGCGAGCGCAAAACAGGCCCAAAUUCAUGUAAGAGCCUUGUUUACCUUCCUAGUUCCUUGCAGUAUUUCACUGAACACAUCGCUUGGUGGAUUGUAUAUAGUCAGUAUUUUUACUUCAGGUAUUUGGACGUGCCUUGCAACAGCCCAGCAGUAUUCUGCAGUCAAUAUAUGCUCGACAUUGUCAGAUAUCCUCACCUCUUCCAAACGGAUGCAACCGAAGGACGCACAGACACAUCGCCUCAGCACACUUGGAAAAUGUUAAUCGGAUAUAAUUUACUGCAAAUCUAGAACCGGAAGCCCAAUGAGUGACACACAGUCCAGCUUCACUGACAGGUUUCCCAAGAAAGCAAACAGAACCAGCAGCAUUCUCUCUAAGGACCCUCCUCCCGAUAAGAAACCAAAAAGUGACAAAACCUCUGUGUCCUGCAAUGACUUUGACCCUACAGACGCUCUGGUGGUGCAGAAGAGUGGCAGCAGCAGUGUGCUAGCAGAGGGGAAGCCUGAGUCCUGUGGUUUGGUCCAACGAUGUGUAAUCAUUCAGAAAGAUGAAAAUGGCUUUGGGCUCACAGUCAGUGGUGACAACCCAGUGUUUGUGCAACUCGUCAAAGAAGAUGGGGCUGCUAUGCGGGCAGGUGUUCAGACAGGAGACAGAAUCAUUAAGGUCAAUGGGACCCUUGUUACACAUUCUAAUCAUAUCGAAGUAGUAAAACUUAUCAAAUCGGGCUCUUAUGUGGCCCUCACAGUAUUGGGGCGCCCUCCGGGGCUCACUCAGAUCCCUCUGUCUGAGGCAGAGUCUGAGAUGUUGGGUGUCAGUAUUUCUUCUCCAAACUCUCCAGCAACAGAGCGACCUUACAGUCCUCAGGAUCGCCACUCUUCUUCACAGCCACAAUGGGAUGAAAAUAGCAGUCCUUUGAACCAGAGGUGUGACGUGUUCCCACGAGUAGUGUCAAAAGAGCAGCAAGAACUACAGGCUAUGAAGGAUGAGUACAGCAGGAAGCCCUCCCCUAAACUACUGAAAGAUAUCCAUGAAGCUAAAAAACACAUUCCUCAGCUGCAGGGUCAGCUCUUCAAAGCCUCUACUGCAACACAGGAGGCUGUUCCAAGUGGAGAAGCAGAUGACAGUAGCACAUUGGAGACAGAGCACACAUUCACCUCUAAAGGAGACCAUAGCACAGAUCUGUCCUGGAGCAGCACUUCUACUCGAGGGUGUGGGCCUGGAUCUCCAGAGCCGCAGCGCCCCAGGGAGCCCUUCUGUCCCAGUCCAAAGAGCACACCACGCAACAGCUUCAACUCCUGCCACUCUCCCGAGGCAGAGGAUGCUACUGACCUGGACCCUGUGUCUCCAACAGCAGUCAGCAGUCCCUCAUCUUCUAGACUUGUCUCACAGAUCAUUGGAGCUGAGGACGGCUAUUUUGAUUCAGACCAAGAGCAGACAAUUGGCCAGUGUAACAGCUUUAAUAGCAUUGAGCAGCUUAAGUCUUGUCCUGCUCACCUCGCAGCUUUUUUGCACCAUGUAAUUUCUCAGUUUGACCCCGCUCCCGUUCUGUGCUACCUCUACGCUGACCUCUACAAGCAAACCAACUCCAAAGAGACCAGACGAGUGUUCAUGGACCUCCAUAGUUUUUUCAUUGACCGGGGAGCUAAUCUUAAAGUUGCAGUUCCAGAAUCAAUAUCUUCAGAUCUUGAUCGAAGGCGGACAGAACUGAUCCCUGAGGAAAUAAACAGACAACAUGUUCAAAUGCUGCAAGACUCAUUACUCCCUGACAUUCAGAAGCACCUGGAAGAUUUCAGGCAAAAACGCAGCAUGGGUUUAACAGUGGCUGAAAGUGAACUGUCUAGAUUGGACCAAGAGAGAACCAGAGACCGUGUUACUCAAGAGAGAGAGCGAUCGUAUGCUGAAAAUAUUAUCACAAAGAUUGAUGAUAUUCUUUUAAGUACUCAGAAUACAGAGGAAGAUAAAUGCACUACAAUGCAGUAUGUUAUCUAUACAUACAUGAAGCACCUUGGUGUGAGGGUCAAGGAGCCUCGCAGUCUGGAAUCCAAAUGGGUUCGGAUCAAUUUUCUCCCAAAAAUUAAGAGAAGUAUUAAGACUGAAAAAGAAGGAGAGGAGAAGGUGAAGAAAAGAUUUCCCAGCAUCCUUGGACCACAGCGUCGGCCCAGUCGCAUUGAAGCAGCCUCGGUGGGUAAAGCUCUAGAUGGUCGCCCCAGGCCUCAGAAGCAGUUGUCUCAGCCUACACUCGGUGCCAGUGAGCACACAGAGGGGGGGCGUCUCCGCGUGAGCCAAUCAAGUGAGGGCUCCGAGCUCGUACAUUCGGCUAUGACUUCGUCUCCAGGAAGUGCUGCUUCAGACACCAGUAAAGACACUGACAUAGGUGGUACUCCAACUUCAGGCUCCUCUAGGCUGAGUGAUGGGCUCCAGUCUGACCCACUGGAUGCGUUGACCUAUCCCGCCUCACAGUUUGAGCUGUGCAACCUGGACCAACUGCAAGAAGAUGACAGAGAGAGCGACAGAUUACAUGAUGGCACACCAAAAGCACUGAGGAGGCUGGAGGGACUUGGUGAUGUGCAGAGUGAAGACGACCAGGGCACAGACUCAGAACAUGACCCCCUGAACUGGCAGCAGCUGGUGGGACGAGAAGUUCUGGCCGGGCUCAGACCUCAUGAAAUCAAGAGACAAGAGGUUAUAAAUGAAUUGUUCCAAACUGAGCGCGCACAUGUGAGAAUGUUGAAAGUAUUGGACCAUGUUUUUUACCAAAAACUUACCAAGGAAGCCAUUUUGCCCCCUGCUGACAUCAAGAACAUCUUUACCAAUCUAGACGAGAUUCUUGAGUUGCAUGUUUCAAUACUGGAGCAAAUGGCAGCCGUUCGGAAGAGAAAUGAGUCGUCAGUAAUUGAUCAGAUAGGAGAUGACUUGCUCUCCUGGUUUAGCAGGGGAGAGGAGGAAAAGAUCAAGCAGGCCGUGGGGACCUUCUGCAGUAACCAGCCCUUUGCUUUAGAGAUCAUCAAGACCCGACAGAAGAAGGACUCUCGAUUCACCUCAUUUAUCCAGGAGGCAGAGAGUAAUAGGCAGUGUCGUAGACUUCAACUAAAAGACAUCAUACCUGUAGAGAUGCUGAGGCUCACCAAGUACCCACUGCUGCUGGACAACAUCGCGAAGUACACAGAUAAUCCAACUGAAAAGGACAAAGUGAAGCAGGCUGCUGAUUGCUGUAGAAAGAUUCUCAAUCAUGUCAACCAGGCAGUGAAGGAAUCAGAGGACAAGCAGAGAUUGGAAGACUACCAAAGAAGAUUAGAUCUAUCCUCGCUCAAGCAAACAGACAACCCUAUGAUCUUGGAGCUAAAGAACUUGGAUCUUACAAAGAAAAUGUUGGUACACGAGGGACCAUUGUCUUGGAAAGUGAACAAGGACAAAACAAUAGAGCUAUACACCCUUCUGCUGGAGGACAUUCUUGUUUUGCUACAAAAACAAGAUGAACGCCUUAUCCUUAAAUGUCACAGUAAAAACCUGGCUGGUACAGCAGAUACGAAACAUAUCUUCAGUCCUAUUAUCAAGCUGAGCACUGUGCUGGUGCGGUCAGUGGCUACAGACAACAGGUCUUUCUUUGUCCUGUCAAUGUCCGACAACGGAGCCCAAAUUUAUGAGCUGAUGGCACCCACAGUCUCAGAUCAGAGAACGUGGCAAAGAUUGAUCAGCCAAAGAGCUGAAGCCAUGAAAGUCAAACCUCAUAACAUCAUACCUUUACCUCAGUCAGAUGGGGAGCGAGAUGGUGUAGAAAUCAUUGCAGCAGGUGUUUCCAGACUAGGCAGCAAUGCAGUCCGCACAUCUACUGGAAACACUCAGUCCACAGAUAAAGAGAGUAGUCCGUUGACUAGAAGUGCUGUUCAGAGUUCAUUUUCUGAGAAUAAUCCAUUUGAAGAAAUAAAAACAGAGGAAGAAGGUUUUGUGGACACAGGCCUAAAUUUCCAGGCAUCGGAGGAAAUCCGAGAAGGAGACAUGUUUAAUCCAUUUCCUUCUAAAGCUGACGAAGCUCUGAAAACACUUGCUGCUUUAAAGCAGGUUUUGGUGACACAGCUAAUGUCCCAGGAAGCCUGCGAGAGAACUAAGCGCUCAUCAGGAGCUCGUAUCCUCAGGACCACCUCUUUGAGGACCCCCGUGGACAGCCGCUCUCGUGGGAUGGUGCAUAAUGGAGCUGAAAGAAAAAACACAGAUGAACCCAUGCAGGACCUGGGCUCUGGAGACACUGGUUUCUUCGACUCUCCUGAAGAUUAUGGAUAUUUGGUCCUAGAAGGCUAUGUUGGCCCAGGGGAGAGCAGCACAGAUGAAGAUAUCUUGGCAUCAACUGCAGGAAAGCCACUAAGGGGGUGCACUGCUGAUUCUGGCAUCAAUUUAAGGUUUUCCUCCGCGUCCCAGGCUGGCAGCCUCUCUUCUUUCAGUAGAGAAGUCCUGUCUCACUUAAGAAAUCUUCAGACUUACCUCAACUAUUUAAAGGAGGUUGAAGCUAAAUAUAACAAUUUAAUACAGCGGAGGUCUACAGCUGAUGCAGAUGGAAACAAAGAUAAAAGAUAGUUCAUGUUCCAGUUGGUCCCAAAGAGGAAAUAUUGACUUGUAGUCUGUUACUGCUUCAUGUGUCCUGGACUUUUUGGACAUGAAAACGAGCUUCUCCUCUCACCGCUGAACCCCUGGUUUCCAUUGCAGUCGCCCGCGGUUGCACAGAGAAUGAGAGACAAAGUGUGAGCAGAGACUUUUGGGGAGAGGGACCAUCGAUCAGAUGCUGCUUCCUGCUCCCUCAGCACAAGGCAAUCAGGGAAGUGGGGCUGUCCCAAACCUUACCCUUCUGCCAUACCCCCUACCCACCAAACUCCCUUGAAGAAAGAGAACUUAUACCAAAAUGUAUAAAGAUGUGUGUUUAAGAAAAUAUAUAUAUGAAACACAAGACAAGAAAAGGAAAUUUUAAGAUAAUGUAUUAAGAUUUUUUUUUUUUUUUAUCCCAAGAUGUAUUUAUUUUUUUCUUCUCAUUUUUAAGUGUUUCCCAUAUUGGUUGCAUGCUUUGGCCAUGGUGUUAGCAUAUUGGCAGCUUUUCCUGCUGCAGUCAUAUGGGAUAGUGUGAGUGUUCCGUGCACGCUAGCCUUGCCGAUAAAAAUAGCAGGAAUAUAUUGAGACUGAUAGAGGCCAGAAACACACUGGUGACAGAGAUCUUAAUGUGUUGAAUCUCAUGAGUUGUGUUUGAGACUAGGAUUCGUAAUGAAUUCUAGGUGUGGUGUUCACUAGAAUGAAGAGUCAGCAGGCUCUGAUCUGGUCCUGUUUAAUUUCUUCCUGUCAUCCUUUGCGUGUAAUUGUCCUUUUCUUUUCCCUGUGAGGACAUAUCUAGGUGUCCCCUCCCUCCUCCAGCACAGCCCAGUGGCUCUCAUGCUUAUUUAUCCUCCCUCCCUUCACUCUGUAUGUCAUGUGUCUUCAGCCUGCCUCCAGUCCCCUGCCCGUUGUCCCCCUCUCUACAUGAGAGCAUAUCGGCUUCUGACAGAAACGCUGCUGCUUUUUGCUUCUGUCUGCGCCGCUGAUCCGACUGCUUGAUAUUCUAAUAAUGUCAUGAAGUUCAACAUAUACUGUACAAUGAUCAAGUUGGAAGGUUAUGCAUAACUUUAAUAAAUAAAUGGUGCCAUGACACAUUGGAAAAUGUAA